AUGAGAUCAUUUCUGGGGGGCGUUUUGGCUUUAGCUCUCCAGUCCUCAACCGCCUUUGGGAACGAUUGUGACGCGAGUAGAUCGGCUCGCCUUGAUCUCGAAGACUUCUUCAACAACAAAGCUUUCGGUUCUAAACCUGGAGAGGCCGACUUUGACUCGAAAGGUAGCUCGUAUCCUGUGCCCGAUUUUAUUGAUUCCUACGACUAUAAAUCUUCCGUCACGGGUAUUCGAUUUUCUUUUCCAGGUUAUGUUGAGUCCGGUGCCAAUGACAACAUAAUUUGCGAUGGGCAGGUGAUUAAUGUCCCAGAGGGGCAUUUUUUCUCUGCAUCCUUCCUACUGUCCAAUGACAAGGAGCUUGCCACCAUUUCUAAAAAUGUAACCUUUACGUAUGAGGACGGCUCGACAUCACUUUACAAUCUUCGCACUCUGGCGUGGUUUAACCUUCUCACCAUCAAUCGCGGUGAGAUCAUUUUCCCAAAGCGCUUCGCUAGUACGGCUGUCAACUGGAAUACUUCUCACAUCUUCGAGCGUACUGCUGCGCUGGACCCUGGGAAAAACUUGAAGACAAUCACUCUCCCAACCACCACGAAUACAACAGAAGGCAGAAUGCAUGUUUUUGCGAUCUCGCUGCACCAAGGUUCUGAAAUAGGCAUCCAGUCCGUUCGAGCAACCCAGAAGUGGGCUGAUGAUCAACAAUCUCAGCUUAUGGAGGUUACAAUAAACAAUGCUGGCUCUGAAUGUAUUUCAGGCGAUGGCCUCAUUGUAAAAUUAGAGGGGCAUGGCUUUGAGAUGAAACAUUCCGGUUCAAUAAAGCGACUAUGCCCAGGAGACCAAAAAGUUGCAACAGUUGCUAUCAAACCAUCUUCUUCUUUUCUCGGGCAAGUGAGAGACUCUACCGUAAAGGCUACUGUUGAAUACAGUGGCAGGGAACAGGGAAAGGUCUUCAAGGGAGUUAAGGUUGGACUUCGAGAGUGGACAUCCGAUCUCGACAAUUUGGCGGAGCAUGAAGCGCCAGACUGGUUCAAGGAUAAUAAAUUCGGCAUUAUGAUUCAUUGGGGUCCUUAUUCUGUUCCUGGAUGGGGGAAUAGUAGCGAGUUUGAGAGCUACUCAGAGUGGUUCUGGUGGUACUCAACAAACCCGCUGGGAGACAGAUCCAAUUUCCGCGGAUAUCGUCUAGAGACUUUUGGCGAAGACUGGGCCUAUGACGACUCAUUUGAAGAGUUUACCGCAGAGAAAUUCGACAGCAAGGAAUGGGUGGACCUUUUUGAUGAUGCAGGGGCGAAAUAUUUUGUCAUUACAACCAAACACCACGAUGGGUUUGCCCUUUGGGACACGAAGGAAACAAGCAACAGAUCGGCCCUACACUAUGGUCCUCAACGAGACGUUCUUAGGGAACUCUUCGAUGCCGCAGCUACGUAUCACCCAAACAUGAAGCGAGGCACUUAUUUCAGUCUCCCCGAAUGGUUCAACCCAGAUUAUGGCGUCUAUGGAUUUGACCAAUUCAACAAAACAGAGAACCCGGGAACUGUGAGUUGGCCGGGAGAUUUGGCGACAAAUCCGUACACGGGGGAGAAGGAGACAUACACUGGACACAUCCCCGUGGGUGACUUUAUACAAGAUCUUAUGGUUCCACAAAUGGAGCAGCUUGCAUAUGACUACGGCGCCGACAUCAUGUGGUGCGACUGCGGCGCCGCCAAUGGAACCGCCGAAUUUGCCGCGAAAUGGUUCAACGAGGUGCGCCAACAGAAUCGUCACGUAGCUAUCAAUAGCCGGUGUGGACUUCCCCAGGCUGCAGAUUUUGACACGCCGGAAUAUCAGACCUUCUCCUCCGCUCAACAUCACAAAUGGGAGAGCAGCCAAGGAAUGGACCCUUAUAGUUACGGGUACAACCGUGCCACUCCAGAUGAGGCAUAUAUGAAUGCCAGCACUAUCAUCAAAAACCUCGUGGAUAUGGUCUCCAAGAAUGGUAACUUUUUGCUGGAUAUUGGCCCAAGGGCUGAUGGAACUAUUGUGGAACAAGCUGCGGACAAUCUCAGAGAGGCCGGUAAAUGGAUAAAGCGUCAUCAAGAGGCGAUCUUCAACACGACUUACUGGUUUAUACAAAGCGAGCUUGAGGGGUCAACUGAAGCCAGGUUCACACAGACAGAUGAUGCCUUCUACAUUCUCUUCUUGGAUAAGCCUAUAAUCCAAGGUGGAUUUGUUGUUAUCCAAGCUCCAAUCCCUGUGCUGAUUGGAGAUGAUAUAACUCUACUUGGUGGAGACGAUGCUGUAUCACUGGACUAUGACAUUUCAGGUGAUGGAAGCGAGAAGUCUCUAACAAUUGAAAUAGGGGAGAAAGAGUUGGAAAGGGAGGAAUUCUGUUGGGUCUUCAAGAUCCAAUACAAGAGAUAG